AUGAAAGGCCCAACCCCAGAACAGCACGACGGCUCCGGCCUGCGCAUCGGUAUCGUCCACGCCCGGUGGAACGCCGAGAUCAUCGACCCGCUGCUGGAGGGCACCAAGGCGAAGCUGCUCGCAUGCGGCGUGAAGGAGAGCAACAUCGUCGUCGAGUCUGUCCCGGGGUCCUGGGAGCUGCCAAUUGGCGUCCAGCGGAUGUUCGCCGCCUCCCAGAUCCAAUCGUCCUCCUCGUCGACCGCGAGCGCCGGCGACCUCCUCGGCGGGUCCACGACGGACCUGACCUCGCUCUCGGGCGGCGGCGGCGGCAGCAACCCGUCCGCGGGCCUGUCGACGGCCUUCGACGCCCUGAUCGCCAUCGGCGUCCUCAUCAAGGGCGAGACCAUGCACUUCGAGUACAUCGCCGACUCGGUCUCGCACGGCCUCAUGCGCGUGCAGCUCGACACCGGCGUCCCCGUCAUCUUCGGCGUGCUGACCGUCCUCAGCGAGGACCAGGCCAAGGCCCGCGCCGGCGUCGCGAGCGGCGGCCACAACCACGGCGAGGACUGGGGCCUGGCCGCCGUCGAGAUGGGCGGCAAGCGCAAGGGCUGGGCGAGCGGCAAGCUGUCUUAG